GCGGCGGCGGCGGCCGGGCCAGUCGGGCCAGUGGGGCCAGCAGCUAGCGGGUCGCAGCGGCCGCCGAGCGGGCCAUGGAGCAGCCCAGGAAGGCGGUGGUGGUGACGGGGUUUGGCCCUUUUGGGGAGCACACGGUGAACGCCAGCUGGAUCGCUGUGCAGGAGCUGGAGAAGCUGGGUCUGGGUGACAGUGUGGACCUUCACGUGUAUGAGAUCCCUGUGGAAUAUCAGACGGUACAGCGCCUCAUCCCCGAGCUCUGGGCCAAGCACAGCCCGCAGCUGGUGGUACACGUGGGCGUGUCGGGCACAGCAACGGCGGUCACCCUGGAGCAGUGCGGCCACAAUACGGGCUACUGGGGCCUGGACAACUGCCGCUUCCGGCCUUGCUCGCAGUGCUGCGUGGAGGACGGGCCCGAGAGCCUCGAGUCGGCCAUCGACAUGGACGCCGUGUGUCGCCGCGUCGCGGAGCUCGGCUUGGGCGUGUCCAUCACCAUCUCGCAGGACGCCGGCAGGUACCUUUGCGACUUCACGUACUAUACGUCCCUGUACCAGAGCCAAGGCCGAGCGGCCUUCGUACACGUGCCUCCGCUGGGCAAACCCUACAAUGCCGACCAGCUGGGCCGGGCGCUGCAGGCCAUCAUCGAGGAAAUGCUGCAGAUGCUGGAGCAAGCUGAGGGUGCUCACAGCUGCCACCAGGGACACUGAGGACCAGGGGACCCCGUCCCAGCCCUUCCUCUCCUCCAUCGGCCACUGGCCUGGGCAGGAGCAGCGAUCCUUUCUGGUGUGUCCAGAGCCCUGCCCAGACACUAGCAGGGAGAGACGCUCUGUCUGAACCUGGGAGCCUGGUGGACAAUCGUGGGCCGUCUUCCGGGGCCCAGGGCUGUGGCUUCUCUUCCCGUCUGACCUUCUGAACUGUCUUUUCUGGAACAACUUUGUGAGCUGUGCA